AUGGUUCUACCCUUCUCGAAUGAGAUAUGGCUGGACAUCUUCCACGGCCUGGCCAAGGAAGGCGAGUACGACGCGCUGGAACGAUGCCGAGCGGUGUGCAGAGAGUUCCGGCCGAUGGCUGAAGAGUGCUUAUUGGGGGCCAUGAGCUUCAUAAGUACGGAAGAGGUGGAGCGCAUCAGAUUGCAGGUUCCGGGCUGCGAGAUGCGGCGCUGGCGCGGGCCACAGACGGUGGGGAUCAAUGGAGGGAACUGGAAUGACGGACACCGACCGAUUCCACAUCUGGCAACGUUUGCGUCGAGGUUCGGAGGAAGAUGGCCUGCAGUUGAAAUGUUAUGGAUCUCCAAUGCGAUGUGGCAGGCUGCGGAUCUCGACGCGGACGCCGUGUUUCGCGACCUAGCUCGCUUCCCGAUCACCGUGCUCUUCCUCUACGACAUCAUAUUCCCGACGAUUCUGACACUUGGCCGGCUGCUCGAUGCUAUCCUCUCCCGACCAGUAUUUGACAAUCUGGCCCACGUCAAUGUAGAUAUACACACGACUGACGGGUUGGACGUUCAGGAUGAGAAACGGGCAAACGACCUGAGAGUGUGCUUAGCGAAGCUUGAUGCACGCGGCAUUCUGGGCAUAUUGGUGAAUUUCACCAGGAUGGGACUGCGCUGGGAUUAUGAGACCAGGUCUUGGAAACGUUGUGGAGUCGAGAGAGGAGCUGCACAAGAUGACGUCAACGAUGGCGAAGUAACCAGGGUCGACGACGAGAGUUGUACAACUGACGCCGACAGUCGUACGACCGCCUGCAGCGACACCGGCGCGGUCCUUGCGGCAUUGCAGGUCGGAUCGGCAUCGUUAGCAGUUGCUGAGACGCCUUCCUCGUCACUUACACCAAAUGCACGAAUAGCUACCGAACUGGCUCGUGGUAACGGAACCCCAGAGCAGGACGCAACAACCGGGUCCGAGGAAUAUGUGAGGAUCUAUGCGCCCGAGGAGCACGUUACGAAUGCCGAGUCAUUCAUGGGCACAGGACUAUCAAAAGAAGACUGA